AUGUCGGAGCACAAUUACAAGUUCAACGUCGCCAUGAGCUGCGGUGGCUGUUCCGGCGCUGUUGAGCGCGUGUUGAAAAAGCUGGACGGCGUCAAGUCGUUCAAUGUCUCGCUCGACACUCAAACCGCGGAAAUAGUCGCUGCCGACACCCUCGAUUACGCCACCGUACUCGAGAAGAUCAAGAAGACGGGCAAGACGGUCAAGUCCGGGGAAGCAGAUGGCCAGCCGAUGGCGGUCUGA